GAUGUCUGGGAGCGCAUGGGGAGUCCACUCCAUGGUUUGUUUGUGAGUGACACUAUCCAGCAUUAAUAACCUCAGAGACAGGAUGCCUUCUCUGCACCACGGAGCGAUCUUCAUCGGAGCCUUCCUGAUCGUGACCGGGGGCUCCACCGCCUUCCUGUCGUCGUCCCAGAGCCGCAUGCAGGCAUUCUCGCUGUGCUGCGUGGUGCUGGGGGUGGUCAUGCUCAUCCUGGGGCUAUUCUGGGCCAUGAACAGCAAAAGUGCCGCAAACUACAAUCACCGGGAAUUUGACCCGGAGUGUCCGCAUUACCCGUACGACUACCCCAACUUUGGCAGCCAUGCCCUCUUCUCACCUCCAGGGAACCGCUUCCCAGAGUCCCAGUCGGUGUUUCUGCCCAGGACGAUGGAGCGCCACAGGAACGGAGCUCGUGGCGAGGAGUUUGACUACCCUCCCAUGGACCCCGGGUUCAGCCCGUCACCCCGCCCUCCUCCGUGGCAGGAACCGCCGCCGCCCUACGAGGUGGCCAUCAAGACCACGUGCAGCUCCACGCACCUCCGGCGUGCGUACUCAGACACACACCUGGCCUCGGAGCCGCUGUUCGGACAGUCGAGAGAGAUGAGCUUCGAGGUGUGAUGCUGGACGACACUGACGCCUCAGACGGGAGAAUAACUCGUCCUGAGACUCUUUCCCUCUGCAGCCGUCCUCUGACAGUGAAACUCUUGAAGCAUGUUUCCCUCUGAUGGCGACCCGCCGGUCCCAGCAUGCUUUACCCACGUUAUCUGUAAUUACACAGCAGGUUUAAACAUAUUUAAUUACAAGGUGAAAUGACACCAGAUUCAGCCUCAGCUAUUAGUGCAUAAACGACAACUUG